GUUGCUGGUUUUGAUUGGCUGCAACAUAAACGUAGGUCCCGCCUACUAUGGUCCAGCAGUUGCACGUUACUUCGCUGAGUGGAGGGCGGCUCUGUCAAUCAUCUGGGAUAUUGAGGAAGGGGGUGCAAGCUGCCAAGAUGAAGCACUACGAGGUGGAGAUACUGGAUGCCAAGACCAAGGACAAGCUCUGCUUCCUGGACAAGGUCGAGCCAAAUGCCACUAUCGGAGAGAUCAAGUCUAUGUUCCACAAGAGCCAUCCUCAGUGGUACCCAACCCGACAGUCCAUUCGCCUUGAUGCCAAGGGGAAGUCUCUGAAGGACGAGGAUGUCCUGCAGCAACUACCUGUGGGAACCACGGCAACCUUCUACUUCAGAGACCUGGGAGCUCAGAUCAGCUGGGUCACAGUCUUUCUCACAGAGUACACCGGUCCUCUGGUCCUCUAUCUGAUGUUCUAUUUCAGAGUUCCCUUCAUCUACGCUUCCAAAUAUGACUUUUCCACCAGUAAACACUGGGUCGUUCAUCUCGCCUGUAUGUGUCACUCCUUCCACUUCCUUAAGAGGAACCUGGAGACGCUGUUUGUGCAUCGCUUCUCUCAUGGUACAAUGCCGCUACGCAACAUCUUUAAGAACUGCACGUACUACUGGGGCUUUGCAGCAUGGAUGGCCUACUACAUCAACCACCCGCUGUACACACCACCCAUAUACGGGGAGCAGCAAAUCAGACUGGCCCUCAUCUUAUUCUUGUUCUGUCAGAUCGGCAACUUUUCCAUCCACAUCGCUCUGCGGAACCUCCGUCCACCAGGUACAAACAACAGUAACACCUGCUCUAAGACCAGGAAGAUUCCCUAUCCCACCAAGAACCCCUUCACCUGGAUCUUCGUGCUGGUCUCCUGCCCCAACUACACCUACGAGCUGGGCUCCUGGCUGGGCUUCACACUGAUGACCCAGUGCCUGCCGGUGGCCUUCUUCACCUUGGUGGGUUUCAUCCAGAUGACUGUGUGGGCCAAAGGGAAGCACCGCAGCUACCUGAAGGAGUUCCGCGAUUACCCUCCCCUCCGCUCCCCCAUCCUGCCCUUCAUCCUGUAGAGCUCAACCCUUCAGCUCUCCGCUAACUGAGAGGGGGCUCUCCGUUUUACACUGGAGCUUAGUAGACUGACUGGCUUAAAUAAUGUCCCCUUUUUCUUUCCCCCUCUUUUGCUUCCUGUCUGUAAUUUCUGUAAUAUUGAGUGAAAAUGUAAAGCACCAACGCUUGCUCUAUUUUUUCAUUUCCCUAUAACCCAUUCUGAUUGGUUAAUUGACUUAUGUGUGUUUGGUCUCCAAGAGCUGUUCUUGACCUUCAAACGAGCCAGUGUAUCCUGAAUGACAUACUGUCGAUAAAUAAUGUAAAGAUGUCUUGCCACGCUGUCAUCUAAUUCUGUUGUUUUGAGGCUGAAUCUGCAUCUGGUGAGAUUCAGUCAGAUUUCAAAGGCUUAGUUUUUAUAUCCAUUCAUCUACAUUUGAAAUCAUAACAGCAUGUCAUUUUGUUGAUGUUUGAAGUAAUUUAUUAAAAAAAAUGUAAAACUAA